AUGGUGGAGGCUGUUUACCGGGUCAACGGAGUGAAUGUGACGACAUCGACCACAGCGAUUGGGACAAAUGAAAAUGUAAAUUUUACAAUUACUGCUACUUCUGCCGCAAAUUUUCCUCAAGGUCAAAUAAAAGUUAACAUUUCUUUCGGUGAUGACAGCACCGAUCAAACUGUGGAUUUGUCAGAUGUAACAACUUUGCAAGGGACCGGUUACCAAGUUCAGCGUCCUUAUACCUCUCAAGGCAACUAUACAGCCAUUCUAACAUUCUAUAACGAGUUGGGCUCAUAUGUUAUUUCCAAAGAAAUAUACAUUUGGGACCAACUCUCAGUAACUUUAAGUUCUGCUUUCGCAAGUAUAGCAGGGCAACCGCUUUCAUUUGACUUCAUUUCGCCUCCAAACUCAAACUUUCACUUUUCCAUAUCAUACGGAGAUGGCAACUUGUAUGAGGUAACAGAUGCAAAUUUAACUCAGUCGUAUUCUCAUAUGCCUUGGAAUCAUACGUAUACAAACAGUGGAACUUUCAACGUCACAAUGACUGCCUGGAAUCCCUUCUAUGUCAGUGUUUGUUCUUACCAAGUGACGAGUCAGGCACCUUUGUUGCCAGAUAACACAACUCUGUCACCAACAUCGGAUGAGAUUCCUUAUCCAGACGGAAUCGUGAACUUUACCUUAGUAAUGACGGCUGAUGUACCCUCUCCGGAUGCGGUGCUGUGUACAUUUGACUAUGGAGAUUCCACAGUAGAUACAAAUGAAAGCACAGUUUUUGACUACAACGUUGCUGUCACAAAGUCUCAUACAUAUACAAGUGCUGGAACAUUUACGUUUACAGCCAAUUGUUCAAAUUUAAUAAGCACCAUGCAAAAGAUGGCCACAAUAGUUGUACAUACAUUUACUAUGCAGGACUUUGGACUUCAUGUACAAAAUCCAGUUCCUAUGAACAUGUCAACGGAAGCUUUCACUCCUACAAUCGAUUAUCGGCAUCCAGUUAAACCCAAGCCGAUUCCUAGAGAAGUAGCCUUUGCGUUGACAUUAUUCAACUGUUCCAGAAUGCCUCCAAAUAUAACUGCUACGUGGAACUUUGGAGACGGAACAAUUUCAUCACCAGCAUUACAAUCAACAUUUGACAAACAACAUACCUACAAUGUAAGAGAAACUUUGACCGUUAAUGUUGUGCUUAAGAAUAAUAAUGGGGACCAAAAAACUAUCACAACGAAUCUGGUACUUGGGUUUACUACAUUGAACAGUGACAAACAAGCAGCCCCAAUUGGUACAGGCGUGUUCACAUUAACUGCUACUGGUACUCCAGGAACACCUAGCUUUGUCUUUGAUUCUGACUCCGACGACACGGCUUCUUGUACAAGUGGUGUUUGUACUGUUUCCUAUGCCAAAUACGGUACAUAUUUACCAAGUGUCACAGCAACAUACGAAAGUUUGACAGAAAUUGUAUACCUUUCUGAACCUUUGGCGGCAGACUAUGACAUGACUGGAAACCUGGCAAUAGAAUUCAGCAACACAACGGUUCAUCUACCACCCGGAACCGUCACAAUAACUAUUACCACUUCUACUAUGUCUUUUCCUUUUGUUAGAUGCAGUUUGCUCUCUGGUGAUUUGAUCGAUAACUCAUUGCAUGAAAAAGUUCAAAAUAUAACUCCAACGGAGCCAAUGGUAUUUCCCUACACCUACCAAACCCUUGGAAAUCAUAGUUUAACUGCAAAUUGUUCUAACCAUCUAACAACAAUUCCAAUUUCAAACAGUGUAUAUGCACGGAAUCCAUGUUUUACAAAAAACGGAAUAUUUGACCGACAGUAUUCUGUUAUUUCAAAUCCGAUGAAAGUUUUCACAUCUCAGGAUGUGUAUAUUUCCAGCAGAAUGGGAGUUAUUUGUGUGGAGAAGACAGCUGACUUCGGUUGGGAGAUUUUCUCAAAUUACAGUAGCGAGGAAGACAAGAUCAAAUUUCCUUAUACUAACCCUAUCAGUCCCUCAAAAGGCAAAAUGCUUUUUCCACGGGGCAAAAUAGCAGAAGGUAAAUAUUUAGUAACUUUGAACGUUUCUCUUGAUGGAACGUGGAUCAAAGAACCAAUCGUCGUCCAGUUCAUCAAGCCAGCACCAUAUGCCUACAUAGUAGGCGGAUCAAAGAAGAUGGCUAGAAAAAUGGACACAAUAAUUGACAUAAAUGCUCUAGAUGAAUCAUAUGAUGCUGAAGGAGGAUUUGGAAAGAAUGAAAAUCUUUCCUUUUCCUGGGGAUGCAAGACAGUAAAUACCUCUGUAUUAGAUGAGAUUGAGAUAAUCGUGAACAACAACUUCACAAGUUCAACAUUUGCAAUUGAGGGUUGUACUCUGGAUGCUGGACCCGUCCCUGGGAAGAAGAAACUUAAUAUUACAACAUCCCCUGGAUACAUUGUCACUGUGUCAGUCAGUGAUGGGAAGAAAUCGUCGGAGUUUUCUCAGAUGCUGAGCAUUCUGGAGGGAGAUCCCCCUGAUGUCAAACUUGAAUGUAUCAUCAACUGCAAGGAGAAAUUAGCUGUCACCUCUAGAAUGAAUGUCCUUGCGAAAUGUCUAGAUUGUACCGAAACAGAAUUGCCAUCAUACGAAUGGAGUUUGAUGGAAUUUGUCGGUUCAGAAUGGACUACUAUUGAUUUGGUCUCUAAGACAGCAAACGGAAUAAAUAAUCAAGCAUUGGUACUAAAAGAAAACACACUUGAUCCUGGUAAAAAAUACAUGGUUACACUUGAAACAACCGUAGCUUCACGUUCCGGACCAAGCACUGCAAUCAUGGACCUAGCAACCAACUACCCUCCUUACGACGGCGAAUGCUCCGUGACCCCGACUACAGGCCUAGCUUUGAAAGACAAGUUCAGCAUUGAAUGUUCUGGUUGGGUAGACGAAGGAACGAACAUGGAACGAAACCUAACAAGAGACAAGAAAAAUGGCGAACCGCUGACGUACCUAUAUGAAACUAUAACCAAACGAAACUUGUCAACUGGGAUCCAGGACGUUAAAACUGAGGUGUUCCGAGGAGGAGAGAGCACUGUUACUGACGUCCCUCUACAGCUUGGAGACCCAGCAUUUGAUUAUAACGUCACCGUCAGAGUACACAUUUAUGAUCGGAUCGGAGAUAAGGCCAUUUUCGAAAGAAAUAUCAAGGUAAAACCAAUGGAGAACGUCACACCUAACUCCAGUUCUGACACCACGGCAAUCAACUCGCUAUUUGAGUCAUUUGAGGAGGCCUUCAACAUUACAAAUGCGGGUGGUAAUGAUAUGGGGGUCGUGAGAUUGGUCAGUUCUGUCUCCUCCUACAUUGUGGACUUCUCAGAGGGCGACUCACAGGGAACAACAGAGGAGGAUAUUUUAUCAGGUAGUGCUUCAUCAUUGACAACCUCCACAACCAGUGAAGUCACGCUUCUGUAUCAAAAGAAAACUGCUGAAAUGACCAACAUUCUUUUGAAAACAGUCGAUGCUGACUCUGACACUCCAAAACAAUUCAGUGCAACGGACGUACAGCAAAUUUCGUCAGCUUUGGAAAGUAUCACACGAAGUCCAGCCUAUAUUACUGCUGAGUCAGCGGCAGGCUACUGA